CAGCUGCGGAGAGGGAGUUCCUGGGAGCUGGGCCGGGGGCGGUAAAGGCCAGGCAGCCUGGAGGGGAGCAGGGGACCGGAAGACAGCGCGCGCCCAGGGCCUCCGAGCCUCCUCCCCGCGGGUCCAGGAGCUUAGACCCUACUUCCUCCGCCCUCUCCCAGCCUCAGGCACACAAGGACACCCCCAGAUCCCUCCCCCAGAAACCUCCCGGACGUCUCCGAGGUUGGGCUGCUUCAGGAAGCUUCCAUGAAAGCACCUGAAAGUACUAAGUUACCUCUGCCAGGUACAAUCGAGCCAGAGCGCGUCCUGCGCCCACUCUGGUGAGUUGCAGUGAGGAACUGGGCUCCUCUGGGAGGAGGAAGGGAAGUUGAGAAAGUCUUUGGACCUGGCGGCUGGCUGGCUGGCUGUCUUCCUCAUGGCUUCGCCCAGUGGCCCUGGGAGCGACUGCUCCCGUAUCAUCGAUCACAGCCAUGUCCCCGAGUUUGAGGUGGCCACCUGGCUCAAAAUCACCCUCAUCCUGGUGUACCUGGUCAUCUUCAUUGUGGGCAUCGUGGGGAACAGUGUCACCAUUCACGUCACCCAGGUGCUGCAGAAGAAAGGCUACCUGCAGAAGGAGGUCACGGACCACAUGGUGAGCCUGGCUUGCUCGGACAUCUUGGUCUUGCUCAUUGGCAUGCCCAUGGAGUUCUACAGCAUCAUCUGGAACCCCCUGACCACGCCCAGCUACCCCCUGUCCUGUAAGCUGCACACCUUCCUCUUCGAGGCCUGCAGCUACGCCACGCUGCUGCACGUGCUGACACUGAGCUUCGAGCGCUAUGUCGCCAUCUGCCACCCCUUCAGGUACAAGGCCGUGUCGGGCCCCUGCCAGGUGAAGCUGCUGAUUGGCUUUGUCUGGGUCACCUCUGUCCUGGUGGCUCUGCCUUUGCUUUUUGCCAUGGGCGUGGAGUACCCCUUGCUGCUUGUGUCCAGUCACCGGGGUCUCACUUGCAACCGCUCCCUCACCCGCCACCACCAGCAGCCUGAGGCCUCCAACAUGUCCAUCUGUACCAACCUGUCCAGCCGCUGGACCGUGUUCCAGUCCAGCAUCUUCAGUGCCUUUGUCAUCUACCUUGUGGUGCUGGUCUCGGUGGCCUUCAUGUGCUGGAACAUGAUGCAGGUGCUCCAGAGGGGCAAGCAGGGCACGCUGGCCGGCGGGACUCAGCUGCGGAAGGCGGAGAGCGAGGAGAGCAGGACGGCCAGGAGGCAGACCAUCAUCUUCCUGAGGCUCAUCGUGGUGACCUUAGCAGUGUGCUGGCUGCCAAACCAGAUUCGGAGGCUCAUGGCUGCCGCGCAGCCCAAGCACGACUGGACCCGGGCCUACUUCCGGGUCUACAUGAGGCUCCUCCCGUUCUCGGACACCUCCUUCUACCUCAGCUCGGUCUUCAACCCGCUGCUGUACAACGUCUCCUCGCAGCAGUUCCGCCGGGUGUUCGCGCAGGCGCUGCGCUGCCGCCUGGCGCUGCCGCACGCCAACCUCGAGCGGCACCGGCGCGCCCAGCUCGACUGCACGGCCCGCGGCGCGCGCUCCGCCCGCCCCUUGAUCUUCUCCUCCUUCCGGCGCGGUUCCUCGGCCCGGAGACCCAACAAGGUCUUCUUGAGCACUUUCCAGAGCGAGGCCAACCCUGACUCUAAGCCCCAGCAGCUCACCAGUCUCCAUUUGCUAGAGCCCGACUCCGAGAUGAAACCAAUGGCGGCAGCUGCCCAAGCCAUUUCUACCGCAGAGGACGGGGUGCAGGAGCAUGAAGCGUGAAUGGCCCUAAAGGAAACCUGGAGUGGAGGCUAGAAGGCUGGGGAAAGGCAGUUACCCACCUUCGUGUCUUCUAAGGGCCGAGUCCACCAGCUUGGCCUUGACUCCGGUACAAAGAUGUUGAGGUGGGGGGGGGGUGGACUUCCACUCCCCCUUUCCUUCCUUGAAGUACUCACUGCAAAUUCAGUCAGACUGAAUUUUUUCAGAGCUUACAAAAUUGUCUUACACAGAGCUUUUUCAUUAACUGCAAAGGAACAAAAAGAAUGAGAACAACCUCCCUUCCCUGCCCAGAAUAAAGGGGCACCCAAGAGAAAAUCGGGGAGAGGGGGUGAGCAAGGGUUAAAAGAACAACUGCAGGGGCUGGAAUCCCCUUCUGCUUCAGCAGGGUGCCAAGAAGAGGGUCAGCUUGAGCAGGAGAACAGUGGGCAGGAGCUGGGGCUGAAGAGUGGAGGCGGAGCUGCCCCUUUUUUUGGGCCGGGGGCCGUUGCAGAGAGGGGUGUUGCAGCAGCUGAUGCACACUGAAUUGAGUUUCCCAGGGGAGCAGAAGGACUGGUACCCGGCCGAGGCAAUGAGGCAGGCUGCUGACGAGGCACAAGACUUGCGGUACAUGAUUCCUGCAACACAGACCCGAAGGAGCUGGGUUAACGUGUGCUGCUAAAAGGACUGCCACCCAUGAAGCACAGGCGAUGGCACUCCCUGUCUCCUCCCACAAACUGGGAGUGGGACAGGGAGGGACCUGUGUGUGUUUUUUUGAGCCUCCCAGAGUACACAGGAUAGAUGGUGAAGAAAGCACUCAUCAUUUCACCAGUUUUGACAAAGCCCCUGAAGCUGUUUUGGAUGCCAGUAGCAGCUAAAUAUACCAGGGAAUAAAGAACUGUUAAAACCAAA